AAAACCGUGUGUAAAAAGGCGGGAUUAAGUAGCGCCCGUUCUCUAGGGUUUGAGUUCUUCUUCUCCUCCGCGUCUGUCGUCUGCGGCGUCCAUCUCUCCACCGAAGAUGGUGAAGGGUCGGCAAGGCGAACGAGUCAGAUUGUACGUGAGGGGGACUGUCCUCGGGUACAAGAGAUCGAAGUCGAACCAGUACGAGAACACCUCGUUGAUCCAAGUUGAAGGAGUGAACACGAAAGAGGAUGUCGCCUGGUACUGCGGGAAGAGGCUGGCGUACAUCUACAAGGCCAAGGUGAAGAAGAACGGGUCGCACUACCGGUGCAUCUGGGGGAAGGUCACCCGACCUCACGGGAACAGCGGCAUCGUUCGCGCCAAGUUCAAGACGAACUUGCCCCCUCGAUCAAUGGGAAACAAGGUUAGAGUUUUCAUGUACCCAAGCAACAUCUAAGUUGAGGUUCGUUAGAGUGAAGAGUCAUCCUUCGGAGAAGUUUGUUCUGUUUGAACAGAAAUUUUUUCCUUGUUAUGGGUUUGAAAAUCUUAUAUUAAAUUUUGGAUACCAUGUGCACUAUUGCCGUUUCCUUAUUUAGUGAAGUAGCGGAUGGGCAUGAAUAUGAACA